CGUCACAUUCCGGUAUGAGCAGCUGAGAGUCGCAGUUUGGUCAGAAGAAGUCAAAUAUCCCCUAAACCCACCCCAGGCUGCCACUUUCACCAACAGAUCACCCGCUGCUGACGGAUAAUCACCACGAAAAUGGGCAACUGUCAACCCACAAUUUUUCCCUAUGAGGAUUUUGAUGUCGUUGCUGACAUCAAGGCCAUCCGCAAAGCCUGCAAAGGGUUUGGAACUGACGAGCAGGCUAUCACUGACAUCUUGGCAAACCGCAGUUCAGCUCAGCGUCAGGAAAUUAAACAGGCUUAUUUUGAAAAAUAUGAUGACGAAUUGGUGGAUGUGUUGAAGAGUGAGCUGUCAGGAAACUUUGAGAAUGCCAUCCUCGCCAUGCUGGACCCACCGGUCAUCUACGCAGUGAAGGAGCUCAGGAAGGCCAUGAAAGGUCCAGGCACUGAUGAGGAUGUCCUGGUGGAGAUCCUCUGCACUGCUACCAACGCUGACAUUGCCAUGUUCAAGGAAUGCUACUUUCAGGUGCACGAGCGUGAUCUUGAAGCCGAUAUCGAGGGUGAUACGAGCGGGGAUGUUAGAAACCUUCUCACAGCUCUUUUGGAGGGCAACAGAGAUGAGACUUACGAGGUGGAUGAGGCUCUGGCUGAACAAGAUGCUAUUGCCCUGUUUGAGGCUGGUGAGGGUCAUUUUGGGACAGAUGAAUCCACUUUCACCCAUAUCCUGGCCACCAGAAAUUACCUGCAGCUCCAGGUCACCUUCAAGAUAUAUGAGCAGCUCUCUGGAACUGAAAUCCUAGACGCCAUUGAGAGAGAGACUUCAGGGACACUGAAAAAAUGCUACACUGCUCUCGUGAGAGUUGCUAAGAACCCGCAGCUCUACUUCGCCAGACGUCUGAACAAAGCAAUGAAAGGAGCAGGCACUGAUGAGGACACCCUGAUUCGCAUCAUUGUGUGUCGUGCUGAGUAUGAUUUGGAGACCAUCAAAGACAUGUACCUGGAGAAGUACGAUGUGUCCCUGAAGGACGCCCUGAAGGACGAGUGCAGCGGCGACUUUAAGCGUCUCCUUGUGGCCAUCUGCCACUGAAGGCCAGAGAGGCAGGCAGGCAGGCAGCACGAAGGUUGUUUGUGAAACAAACUAACUUCACUCACUCUCCCUGUAUGAUAUUAUGAAGGGAACCGGAGGGUGGUAGGUGAUUAAAUCAUUAACUUGGCUCAUGUUUUGUCUAAACUAACUUAAUGUGGUUGGAGCACCACGUUUACCUCUUUCACAGACACUGACCUUGAUUCUCUUACUUAGAAUUUAGCAGUGAGUGAAACUGUGUCUGACAAUUACUGCCCAUUUCUUAGUCAAUUUUUAUCCUUAAAUUAACCAGCAUUUAUAUAAUGGCAAUUAUAAAGUAAAGCACCAAAUUUCUGCAGGACAAACAGGAGAAAGUUGUAGUCAUACUGAAUCAAUUACAUUGAGCACGGUGUGAUCAGACCGUUUAACUCUUUAAAGCCUGAACCACGAAAUAAUUGCCAAAAAAAUAAAUAUAUCAAUUUGCAUUAAUGAGUUUUCAUUUGUAUCACAUUUGCUGCAUCUGACUUGAUGUAGAAGUCUCAAAAACUCAUAAAAACUAAUUGUGUCAAAUAUGACACACUAGGCAUUAAUAAGAUAAUGACGUUACAAAUAUAAGACCUGUUUCUGCUUCGCUGCCUGAUUCUCCUGCAUUCGCUAAUGAAUUGAGAUUUUUAUAUAAGUAUCAUACUGCUUUAAAUCAAAUCACUCUUUGACCCGUUUCACCCUCAUUGACCCAAACUCUGUGACUGUUAUACUGUUAUAGCUAAUGCAAUCACGCAGCAUGGCUUUGGGCUUUUAAAUGAAUAAAUGUGAAAGUUUGUGAUGAAGGAGUAUCAGGUGGUAUCAUGAAGGCAAUGCAAUGUCAUGUGAACGGAUUUUCUGAACUGAUUUCACAGUAGAGGUUAUAUAUUUUAUCAGUUGCUCGUUGAAGUAUUGAUAUUGAGUUACAUUAAGUACAUUAAGUUGCACAAAAAGACCUGACAAAUCCAAAUAUAUCUCACCUUGUUAUACAUAUAUUUUUUUAUAUUUUAUGACUAACACAGAAGAGUUCAUAGCAUUAUUUAGUGAAAUGGUUAGGAUAAGCCAGAAGUUAUGUAAAAAGAAAGCUGAUCAUAAUGUUCAGCUCGGUGUUUAACAUCUGGAAAAUCUGACACCUGUCUCAUAUGUGUCUGUUAAUGGCAGCUGAGAUUUACUUUAUGAGUGACCACUAUUGUAAACAUUUUUGCGACAAGCUGAGUAGAUACUCAAGUGACAUACAGCACAUGAGAUAGUCACAGCAUCAGUCUGCAUAUUAGCCUCUCUGUAGCCAAAGAAUUUUAGUCUAACUGCUAAUAAAGUUUCCUGUAACGUCA